AUUCAUUCUUCAUUAGUUCAUAUGAGAGGUAUAAUAAUUGGAUCGGGCGUGGAGAAAAGGUCUUUUUCAAAUUGGUUUUUUCUUCAGUGAAAGAAAAAAUUACAAACCGGAACUUAUGAGGAAAAGUGCAGGCGGUGGAAAAGUUUUAAUUUACUGAGUGCAGUUAAAUGUCGCAGCGGAAAUUAAUAAAAACGGUGUACUGGUAUUCGUCGCGUCGGAUGAAGUAGAAAAUUAGAGAUAUUUUCUUGUGGCAGUUUUCAGUUGUCUACCUGCCGCAGCCGCUACCAAUAACGGCGGCAACAACAAGAGCACCAAUAAAUACUUUAGCGGUAGCGCGAGCAACAACAACAUAUCUGCUCCAAACUCCAUUCAACCUGUGUGGUUGUUGGGUGCUGCCGUCAUCGUCGCCAUCAGAGUUAGUGCCGCCUCCCAAAUGGCUGAGACGUGGAAAAUCGCUAAUUUUUAAAAGAAAAUUUUACUCAAGCAUAAAACAAAGAAAAAAAGUUCGGUGAAAAAUGAAAAAUUCGUGAGAAGAUUAGGAGAAUAGUGAAAGCAGCAAAAGAAAAGGAGUACACGAAAGCGAAAAAGAGAGAAGCCGCUGUUGGUGUUGUUCCUCACAGCAAAAAUAGGUGUGAAUUCGAAAUAGAAUUUAUAAAUGUAACAAUCAAGUUUCAUAAAUUUAUUAACGUAAAAGUUCAAAUAUAUGUGUGUGUGUUUGCAUGUAAUUCGAUUCAAAUAAAAUAAUUCCACAUUUUUGCAUUUAGAAACUUGAGAAAAAUUCCAAACACAAAUACAACAAAGAUAAUAAGGAGAAGUAGAUGUCAUGAAGUGAUUAAACUAACGAUGAAUAUCAUAAAUGAAUAAGAAGAGAAGAACAGAUAAUGAAGUGAAGCGAAAAGUGCAAAGUGGGAGACUGGAGUAAAUUACAAAAGAAUAGAAUUAAACUAAAUAGAAGAAGUGAAUAACAGUAAUAAAAGACAAACAUAAAAUAAAAAUAAACGAGAAUUAUUUCUUUAGAAGGCAUAUAGUGAACAAAAGGAGAGGAAAUAGCAGAAAAUAGCAAAUCAAAAUGGCGCACCAGCAGCAACUUGCCCCAUCUGUGAACUGUUCAUUGGAUGAUAUCGAUUUGAAUGCAUUGAAGGAUCCCGCUGGUAUCUUCGAGCUAAUCGAGGUCGUCGGCAAUGGCACCUAUGGGCAAGUCUACAAGGGUCGCCAUACGAAGACUGGUCAAUUGGCUGCCAUAAAGGUGAUGGAUGUCACCGAGGACGAGGAGGAGGAAAUUAAAUUAGAAAUCAAUGUGCUUAAGAAAUACUCAAAUCAUCGUAAUAUUGCAACUUAUUAUGGAGCUUUUAUAAAGAAAUCUCCCCCUGGUAAAGACGAUCAAUUAUGGCUGGUAAUGGAGUAUUGUGGUGCCGGGUCUGUGACCGACCUCGUCAAGUCGACAAAGGGUCAGAGCCUUAAGGAGGAAUGGAUUGCGUACAUUUGUCGCGAAAUAUUGCGUGGUCUCAGCUACUUGCACUCAAACAAAGUUAUACAUCGUGAUAUCAAGGGGCAAAAUGUGUUGCUCACAGAUAAUGCCGAAGUGAAAUUAGUUGACUUUGGUGUGUCCGCACAACUGGAUCGCACGAUAGGUCGGCGAAACACAUUCAUAGGCACUCCAUAUUGGAUGGCACCGGAAGUGAUUGCCUGCGAUGAAAAUCCGGAAGCCACAUACGAUAACCGCUCGGACUUGUGGUCGUUGGGCAUAACAGCACUGGAAAUGGCUGAAUCUCAGCCACCGCUGUGUGAUCUGCAUCCGAUGCGUGCAUUAUUUUUGAUUCCACGCAAUUCUCCGCCACGUCUAAAAUCGAAAAAGUGGUCAAAGAAAUUCCACGGAUUCAUUGACACAGUUCUUGUGAAAGACUACCACCAGCGGCCUUACACAGAGCAAUUAUUAAAGCACGCAUUCAUUAAGGAUCAGCCCACAGAUCGUCAGGUGCGGAUACAGCUGAAGGAUCACAUCGAUCGUUGCAAGAAGCGGAAGCAGGAGAAGGAUCGUGAUGACUUUCACUAUUCCGGUUCAGAUAAUGAUGACGAUGAACCGCAGAUUGCUGGCGAGCCAAGCUCCAUCAUACAGGCACCGGGCGGGGAUACCUUGCGUCGCAACUUUCAACAGAUUCAGGAAGGACGUAUUGCUGCCGAGCAACAGCAGCAACAACAGAUUGCAGCGGCUGCUGCAGCUGCACAAGCCCAAGCACAGGUGCAGGCACAAGCCCAACAGCCGCAAGCUAAUCGUAACCAGAAACCGCAAUCGCGCGAACAAAGGCAACAAAUCGAAGAACCAGGACCGCCAUCACGUCCGGCCUUGCCUCAACGCGUUAUUGUGGUACCCGAUCCACCACUUGCAAAUCCACCACAUGCCAAUCGCCCGUUGCCACCGACUCCGAAAAGCUCAGAACCCACUGCUCAAACGCCACAGCAACAGCAGCGCAAUUCUCAAAACAAUUUCAAACCAUCGGAUUUGGACAUGAUAGCAGCACAACUUAAUGAAUUGGGCGUCUCUCAACAGCCGCAGCCGCAGUCGCAACCGCAGACCACUUUCGGACAGCCACAAUCACAAUUGCAGCAGCAGGCCCAACCGGAGGCGCCACCACGUAAUAAUCGCCAAUCGGUGCCACCUUCUUCAUCGCAGAUGAAAUCGGCUCCAGCCGUACCACCGAUAUCGAACAAUCAUCAUCAUGCGCAGCCAAUAAAUCCAUUAGAUCCGCUGGAUAGCAGCGACACAGAUAGUGAGCCCGAUGAGCCCAACGAACGUGGACGCAAUGAUGGCACCUUGUUAGCUAGUGAUCCACCGAAGCCACUGCCUGGGCUUGGACCCGUUUCCGAGGACACAACGACCACUCCCAUCAGCCAUGGCAGCAGCAGCGGCGGCGGACCACCAAAUCGUCCAUUGCCUCCCACACCGGACGACGAUGAUCAGGCUGGCGAUCGCACAUUAAUCAUGAAGAGGAAACUCGAAAACCAAAACAAAAUCCAAAAGUCUGCCUCCACAACCUGUGCCAAUCGUCCAUCCCGAGAUGAAGUUGUACUCAUGCGCGAAUGGGACAUCGAGAAAUUCUUUCCGCACCGCGAAGGCGGCAGUAAUGGCAACGCUAACAGUAAUGCCGCUGCAAUCUCCAAUUCGAGCACACUGAAGGUUGAACAAAAGCUGCAACGCAGCAGUGUUUCCGAGAUGUCGCGUCGCAAUUCCCAUCAUAAUUCGCCAACGACGCGACAACAAUUACAGCAACAACAACAGCCACCACCCGUGCCACAAGGCUUCCAGCCUCUAAAAGGACCCAAAGAAACGCCACAAAAAACACAACAGCAACUUCCGGUUCGGCCAAGCCACACCGCUGGCGGUAACGCUAGCAGCAACAGCAGCAGCAGCAGUAGCAGUGCGAGCACCACCAGUGCAGGUGCACAAAAGUCGAGCGGCUCCAACCGCAUCAGCAGCAGUUGUACUAACGCGGUCAGUGUCAGCAGCUCCGCCGGUGCACAAAAAGCACAGCCCCAGCAGCAAGUGCACAAACGCCAGGAGUCCGAUUCGAAGCUGCCUAAUUUCAUGCGCAGCUUUAGGCGUGAAAACUCGGACUUCUUCCCACAAAUGAAGCGCUACUCUGCCGUGCUGAGCAGCAAUAGCAGCAAUCUAAGCUCGCCACAAUUAGUGCAAGCGCAGCGGGCAAGCGUCAUGCUACCUCGCAGCAGCAUGUACAACAACAAGGGCGAUAUAGCUGCCACCGACAAUAAGCCAAAGGAAAUGAAAACAUGUAGUGCGACCACUACUUCCACAGCCACUACAGCGACUAGUGCUUCCAAUGCUGCUAAGCAGCAAACGCCAUCAGAGCAGCAACAAACGACGACGCCAAAGCCAAUCAGCACUCCAAGUGCUAGCAAAGCGAGCACGCCCGCAAUAACGGCGCAGCCACAAACCAAAACAAGCUGGACAAAUAAUUUGACUCCGGGUAAAUUAGAUUUCCUACGGCCUAGACGCGAAAAGACUGAAUCGGUAAUUGUGUUGCAAAACUCCGCAGCUAGACAGCAGUCAUUCCUGGCGCAACAACUACUACAGCAGCAGAAUCGUAGCAGUGAGAAUAGCGGUCUCGGCACUCCAGGAACUCGCACAAGCAGCGUCUUACCCGAUUUGCUUAGUCAAGCUUCACCGGCAACGCCACCGCGCCAUGAUAAAUCAUCCAGCGAGGAGUAUCAAGCGGCCAUCAACUCAUCAGUGCAUUCCACGCCGUCAAAGUCGUUUAUUAGUUCGAACAAUUCGCCGCAGUCGACAAUUUCAUUGUCGUCGUCCUCGCGACAGAAUAGUCCGAAAAAUUCAAUUAGCAAAACUAGGUCUACCAGCAGUAUUACUAAUCUAUUGCACAAUAUUUCAUCUUCCAAUAUCUCAUCGCCGCAAUUGUCCGCCAAUUUGCCGCCGCAUGCGUAUGCGCUACAACAGAAACAGCGUAGUUUCCUCACGUUUGGCUUUGGUGCUGGUGGCUCGGGACCGACACGUCGUGAGUCGCACAUAAAUGUGAAUGUGACGCCAACGUCGCACGAGGCGACCAGCGACACACCGGAAAUACGUAAAUAUAAGAAACGCUUCAACUCGGAGAUUCUAUGUGCGGCUUUAUGGGGUGUCAACCUAUUGAUUGGCACCGAAAAUGGCCUAAUGUUGCUGGAUCGCUCUGGACAAGGAAAAGUGUAUCAGUUGAUCUCGCGCCGUCGUUUCCAGCAAAUGGAGGUGCUAGAAGGUCAAAAUAUCUUAGUUACCAUAUCUGGAAAGAAGAAUCGUGUGCGCGUUUACUAUUUGUCAUGGCUGAAAUCGAAAAUCCUACGGACUGAUGGACUUUCUGAUCAAGUGGAGCGUCGCAAUGGCUGGAUAAAUGUUGGUGAUUUACAAGGUGCUGUACAUUUUAAGAUUGUGAAAUACGAAAGGAUUAAGUUCCUAGUGAUCGCAUUAAAAGACUCAAUUGAAAUUUAUGCAUGGGCCCCCAAGCCAUACCACAAAUUUAUGGCAUUUAAGAAUUUUGGCGAUUUGGAACAUCGUCCGCUUUUAGUAGAUCUCACCAUAGAGGAUCAGUCACGUCUUAAAGUGAUUUAUGGUUCUGCAGAGGGUUUCCACGCGGUCGACUUGGACUCCGCUGAAGUAUACGAUAUUUAUCUUCCUAAACAUACUCAUGAUGCAAUCAUUCCGCAUUGUAUAGUGGCGCUUCCGAAUUCGAAUGGCAUGCAACUUUUGCUCUGUUACGAUAACGAAGGUGUCUAUGUAAAUACGGUUGGACGAGUUUCCAAGAAUAUUGUCUUGCAGUGGGGUGAAAUGCCGACAUCCGUGGCCUACAUCGGCACUGGACAAAUCAUGGGCUGGGGUAACAAAGCAAUAGAAAUUCGUUCGGUGGAAAGUGGUCAUUUGGAUGGCGUGUUUAUGCACAAAAAAGCUCAGCGCUUGAAAUUCCUGUGCGAGCGUAAUGACAAGGUGUUCUUUAGCAGUGCCAAAGGUGCUUCAUCGUGUCAAAUAUAUUUUAUGACACUCAACAAGCCAGGCAUGGCCAAUUGGUAAUCAGUCAGCGAAUUCAUGGAAUUCGAAGUGAUAAAUGCGCAACGUAGCAACGUACGAUUAUAAUGAGCGUAGAAAAUAUUGAAACGAAACAAAUAGAAAUGCUGAUUGAUUACGACGCAAUCGACGACAGUUUGUUUCUCGUAAUUAUAAGUGAAUUUUAAAUUAAAGUAUAUUAUAAACCCAAUAACGAGAGAUAAAAAACAAAAAAAAAAAACAAAAAUAGAAUACAAAAAAUAAAACGCUAAGUUGCUGCUUGAUACUGCUGAAAACCCGUAUUACAUUAAGCAUUAGCAGACUUACGAUACAAAGAAGAAGAAGAAGAAGCAAUGAAAUGGAAUAUCAGCCAUUUAAUUUGAGAUAUAUAUACCGACACACGAAUGAGAAUCAAAUUGAGAGUUUUGUACCCUAGAACGGUACUAAAGUAUAUCUAAAAAUAUGUUGAUGCGGGAUACACAAAAUUGAAUUUGCACAGGCAGAGAAGCAAUAGUGAAUCGAGUUGAAAACAUGAGUUUAAAUUAAUGUUAUUACUUAGUUGUGUUAUUGAUAAUUUAUAUAGAAAAAGAAAUUGAAGGAAAAUUCAGUUGAAACAAAGCAUAGACAUCGUAGACAGACGAAAUUUCCAUAUACAUACUUAUGCACAGCUACACUCACUUCCCUUGCGGGCAUAUAUUUCGGAUUUAAAGUUACAAAAAAUUGUUAUGACUCCUAAUUUUAUUAGGCCUUUGAUGAGAGGAGUUCACGAAUUGAAAAAUGAAUAUUAAUUUUGAGCUUCCGUUAGGGCAACAGUUGCAUUCGAAAGCAUUCUCUUUUUACUAUCGAAUCUAAAGUUGAGAAAAUCUGUUAUGACUCCUAAUUUCAUUAGGCCUUUGACGAGAGGAGUUCACGAAUUGAAAAGUAAAUAUUAAUUUUGGGCUUCCGUUACGUCAACAGUUGCAUUCCAAUGCAUUCUCUUUUUACUAUCGAAUUUAAUGCUAAAAAAAUAAGUUAUGACUCCUAAUUUCAUUAGACCUUUUGAGUAGAGCAGUUUACGAAUUGAAAAAUGAAUAUUAAUUUUGUGCUUCCGACAUCUCAAUAGUUGCAUUCCAAUGCAUUCUCUCUUUACUGUCGUUUUAAAUUUUUGUAAUAUUUGCAUGAGUAAGUAAACUUUAAAUUCGAAUUUUAUGUUCGCAGACGUUGUGGCUCAUUUUAAGUGUGGGCAACUGCUUGUGUAUAAAAUUUUUUGAAAGUCGUCUAUUUACAUUUCAUUACGAUGUAGAUCAUUAUUUAACAAUUUCCGUUGGAACUUUUUGCUGCAUUUCACUGCACCAACGUCUCUUAUCUUUGCCAAAUCUGAUUUAAGAGAUUCGGUAAUUCGAUCAAUCUGAUUUUUGCUAAAACAAAUCGUAUGUGAGCUUUACUCACAAUGAGUGCCAACUUUUUUAUUUGAUCAAAUAGUUUGUAUUUGACUUAAUUUCUUUAUAAGUAAACUUUCGAAAACUGCAAAAUAUUAACUUUAACGGUGUGUUUUAACAUUAAUUGAAGGAAUGCCUGCGCGUAAAUGCACAUAAAUUGAUAAUUUGGCAACAAAUUUCGAGUAAUAUUCUAGCUUUUAUACUUGGGUGCUCGUUUUGUGCUGUGAAAGCGCACAUUUUACAUUUGGAGAGCUCAACUUGUAACGUUUCAAUUGCAAAUGCGACUUGCCUUGGGUCGCUGCAAUCGGCGCUAGCUCCACUUAUAUUUGCUAUUUCUUCUAUUUUUUUUUUUUCUUUUUUGUAUUUUAUAUUAAAAUCGUAUUUUUAAGCUAAGCCAAUAUGUCCUUGCAAUAUUCAAAAGCCACAAAUAACAAAAAAUUAUACGAAAGCUGUCGUAUUAUUUUUUAUUUAUCUUAUAUGCUGGAAUAUAAUUUUUUUCGGUAAUGAAUUUAUUACAUACUAUUAAAUAUAUACACAAAUACAUUUACUCUUUACAUAAAAAAAUAUGUAGUUUACAUUUUGCUGGCCCAGUCGAUGCGGUGCAAAUGACACCCCUAUCGAUGCACCACCGUUUCUUGGGCUUAUUUUAGUUUGUCUUAGUUUUGUUGAAUGUUGUAAAAUUUUUAGUUUACUCUUGUUUUUUUUUGUUUGGUUUUUUUUUUCUAUAAAAAUUGAAUCGCCAUUUGUAAAAAUAUAAGUGAUAGUACAUAAAUACAAAUGAAAAAGUAUAUAUAUAACAAGGAAUAUAAAAUUGAGUGGAAAAAUCUUUGAAAGUGUAAUGAAUGCAUAGAAAUUGUAUGGAAUUCGAACUGUGCAUAGGAAAUAAUCCAUCAAGGAGUGAAGUGGGGUGUCGUUCAUUGAGGAAAUAUUAUUAUAAAUACAUAAACAUAGCGUGAAAAGAAAAGAAAUUUAAAAGAAAAUUAAGAGAUUCAUAUAGCCAGAUAAACACACACACGCGCACCCACACACAAAUAGACACAUUUAAACAAAAAUAAACAUUGAAAGUAAAUAAUUUAUAUGAAAUAAACAAAAGAAAGCUGUUUAUAUACAUACAUAAGAAUACUAAACGGCCUAGUUAAGCAUUUUUUACUGAACUUUUUAUAAGGAGUCUUGAAGAGGGCUCUCGCGAUAAAAACAAAUGCAUACACUCACACAAAUGAAUUAAAAAUUUAAUACAUAUACAUAUAUGUAUGUAGAUAUGUAUAUGCGUUGGCGGUGUAUUAAUUAAAAAAGAAAGCAAAGCAACAAAUUAAGAGUUAACACAUGCAAUCAUAAAAAAUCAAAUAAGAAAAAGGAUCUGCAAGAGUUGAAUUUUGUAAUUUUUGUUUGUAAUGUGUUUUUGGUUUUUCUUUUUUCUCUUUCAAUGAUCGCUGCAAUAAAUGAUAGAUAAAUGUGUUCGUACUUCACCUCACUCUCUUACAGGUCCCCUAAAUGAAUGUCGAGUACAACAUUUUCAAUGUACACUUAAAUACGCAUCUAAUUUGUAGCUCGAUUAGCAGAGAAUGGAAAGUCAGUCUAACCAAUCGUCAUUUUAUGGCCGAUUGUUUUUACUUUUUUUAAAUGCUGAUUAUUCCUAUUACGGCGCUUAUGUAAAAUGCUGAUUUACUAAAUUUUCUCUUGUCGACGUACAAAGUUGGAUCUUCACAUUAAGGUGGCCAAGUCAAUUUUUAUGUAUUUGUAUGUGUGCAACACUUGAUAAUCUUUGUUUUUUAGCUGAAACAUUUUCAAAUACAAUAUUUGCAGAUUUCUAAUUAGCUGUUUUUGCUUUUUCGUGUUUUUAAUAAAGUCAACAAAAGUUAAUAAAAAUUUAUAAAUUUUAAGAAGCAUUGGAAGUUACUUCAAUCGAUGUAUAAUUGUUUGUUUGUUCGUUUAACGCAUAAGUUAUUAUUAUUAUUAAUAUUUGGAUUUGUGUUAUUUGGCGUAUUGAUAAAGUCUACUGUAUACCCUUAAAAUGCCAAUCCCUACCCUAUGAAUCCCUUCUUCUUCAUUUUCCCUAUUGAUAUAUUAUUUGUCUGUUUAAAUUGAUAGACCGAUAUUGAUUUGAACAGUUUAUCGUCUUAUCAGUAACCUGUAAAGCGCAUAUAUCUUUAAUAUUAAUUGAAAUAAAUAUGAAAUAUAUAUAUAUAUAAUCUCAAACUUAA